GAGGAUUUACUGUCCAAAAAAUGUCAGCCUUGCUGCUGAAGGCUUUAAGAGGUGCAGUUCAUCCAUGUUUAACAAAAUCUGCUGGCAAUGAUGAUGUCAAUUUGCAAUGAGGUAAGUUAAGGGGUCUGUGUACAAUCUAUCAGUGCACUGCAGCUUCCUGAGAGGAUGGUUUUCACACUGGUCAGUAACAAACUCAAAUUGCUGAAAAGAAAAUCCCUAACCCCACACCCUUAUCAAUGUAAAUUUUCUCUUUCAGAUUGUGACAGAAUCUUCCCUUUUCUUCUAACAGUCAAGCAGCCUACAUCUGUGUUUGUGUUUUCAAACAUGGGAGAGAGCAGCAAAGGAAAAGAUCAAAUGGCACUGAUAUGAAAAUGUCCUUAUUCAUUUUAUGUGCUUUGUAACAAUUUUGAAGAUAUUCCAGCAGUCAUAUUUCCUUUCCUUCUUUUAUCUACAACAAUAAAUGGGUAUUUUUUUACGUCAAACUGAUCAAGGCACAGUGGAUCAGAGUUGUCCUUCAAGUUGUUAUAGAAGCGAUAAGGAUUAAUUUCUUAUUUUAAAAUGUGCAAAUUACUCUCCUUGUCUGAGAGCAGUAUGUCACCCAGCCAUCCCCCCAUUACCACGGUUUAACUUAUGAUAAAAAGGGCCUUGCAUCUCACUGUACGGGCAUGACAUGAAGGAGACCUAUUAGUAAAGAUUUAAUAGGUCUGGAAUAGAGGGUAAUAGAAAUUGAAUUGAUGUAAUUUAUGUGGUACUGAAAAAAAUAUGAUCCGAGAAUCUUCAAAGGUUUUCCUUUCCUCAGUGGCUAGAAAUGAUCAGAUAUUUUCAAGUCAUGUUCCUGCAAGGGGUGUACUGUCAGUGUGGUUUCCUCAGACUUGUUCUGGAAUUUUGUCAGUGUGCAUCUAAUCUGAAGUGCUGUAAGAAAAAACAGUUUUAGCUGUUUACAAUUUCUAGUGAAUUGUACCAUAUGAUUGCACCAUCAUUUAACUCACAUUUUCUUCUUCAAAAUGCUCCCUCAUUAUUAUGUUGUCCAGUUCCAAUCUAUUUUAAAGAAAGUAUGAGUAUCAAGUAUCUAUAAAUUCAUGGGUAUUAGGAACACACAAAAAAAGUGAUCUAAAUAUAUUCUGCCACUGCAAGAAAGGCAGGUAGAAUUUUUUUUUUUUCUUCUCCACUUGAAGAGGCAGAGACUGACCUGGCAGCUGAGAGAAGAGAGUGAGGCAGCCCUAGACACAGAGGCCCUGAGGGACAACAGAAUCGAGCUGGUGCGAGCGUCGUGGCACGAGCUGAGCAUCAGCGUCAGCGACGUGUCCCUGUCGGACGAAGGGCAGUACACCUGCUCUUUGUUCACCAUGCCUGUCAAAACCUCCAAGGCUUUCCUCACCGUCCUCGGUGUUCCUGAGAAGCCACAAAUUACUGGAUUUACCUCGCCAGUUAUGGAGGGAGAGAGGAUGCAGCUCACAUGCAAGACAUCUGGUAGUAAGCCAGCAGCUGAUAUCAGAUGGUUCAAGAACGACAAAGAAGUUAAAGAUGUUAAAUAUUUAAAAGAAGAAGAUGCAGUUCGUAAAACAUUCACAGUCAGCAGCACGCUGGAUUUCCUAGCAGAUCGCAGUGAUGAUGGUGCAGUUGUAAGUUGCAGAGUAGAUCAUGAGUCCCUAAACUCUACACCUCAGAUAGCAAUGCAGGUUCUAGAAAUACACUAUACACCUUUAGUUAAAAUCAUUUCUUCCAAUUCAUGGCCUGAAGAAGGACAAUCUAUAAUUUUGACUUGUGAAUCCAAAGGAAAACCAGUGCCAGAACCAGUAUUGUGGACAAAGGACGGUGGAGAACUCCCAGAUCCAGAGAGAAUGGUUGUCAAUGGCAGGGUUCUAAGCAUCAGCUUCCUAAACAAAACAGACAAUGGCACAUAUCGAUGUGAAGCAAAAAAUCCCAUUGGCCGAAACAGCACAGAAUAUGUCCUGAUAGUACAUGAUGUUUUCAACACUUUGCUUCCCACUACUGUCAUCCCCUCCCUUACCACUGCAACAGUCACAACCAAUGUAGCCUUAACAGCCAGCACAACCACAUCGGCAACAGCCACCAGCAUCAGAGAUCCAAAUGCUUUGGCUGGACAGACCGGACCCGAUCACGCUCUUAUAGGAGGAAUAGUGGCUGUAGUUGUCUUUGUAACACUAUGUUCUAUAAUUCUCCUUGGUCGAUACCUGGCAAGACAUAAAGGAACAUAUUUAACAAAUGAAGCAAAAGGAGCUGAAGAUGCACCUGAUGCCGACACAGCCAUUAUCAAUGCAGAAGGCAGCCAAGUCAAUGCAGAGGAGAAAAAAGAGUAUUUCAUUUAGAUGCAGAGCUAGAAUCUUGGAGUUUUACUUAUCAGGCUGACUGCUGGAGAAAACUGGCUAUUAUUUCUCAGCAUUCAUUUCUGCCAUCUUCUGCUAUCUUUAUUAACUCGCAUACCUGCUAUAAGUAGCCAGUUUAUGCCAACAAUCAGCUGUUGACAUCAUCAUUCUAUAAUUACAGUAUCAUGCAUAAAACAGGACAUUUCUUAUUGCCUAAAAAUCAUAUCCACUGCUCUCUUAACAUACAGUGCUUGAAUAUACAGCCUUAACAAUGUUAAUCAUCAUUUUAAUCCAAGUUUUCUACAUAUUUAAGUGUUAUGCAGCUUUCUUUUCCAGUUUUCUUUUAUCAUGUCCCUACUAGUAUGUCAUAGAACAAAAUUCAUAACAAGUACUAUUAGGUAAGGUCCUAGUUUACUUACAGAAAAUGUGAUGUCUAAGAUUAGAGGUUUACAAAGAAUCUUUUAUACCUGUCUAUCAUUCAAAAAGAAACUUGUUUUUGCAACACAUGCCCUUGGAGACACAAAUUGAAAUCUGUUUAGUAUAGUUUCCUAUAUUUUUGGAUUUGGUAGAAAAAAAUUAUCAGUCCAGUGUAUUUUUUGGAGUUUUUUGCUUUGUUUUGUUAUGAUUUAAAUGGUACCUUGACAACAGUGCCAGGUUUCAGUGGUGAAAACAUGCUGAGUAGCUAUACACAUUCUGCAAAGUUAGGUAAUAGAGCUUCUUUUGAAACAAUUUGUCCUGCCCUUUUACUGGCUUUUGGAAUCACAAAGAUUAGAGAACUUUCUGAGUAAUUUAUGUUUUAAUAAUUUAUUUGCUAAACAUGAACUCACCUGCCUACUCAAAUUUGAUGUGUUCAUGGGGCACAAUUGCAAGGCAUUUUAGUAUCUGUAUAUAGUGCAUAUAAUAAAUUCAAUUAGACAUUAUUUGAUACAUAUUCAACUUUUUUGGCAGUAGCUAAGUCAGUCACAAGUAAGCAUUUUCUAAUGUCCAUUAUAUCCCUUUAGAUAUGACUCAAAAUCAAUAUUCUGAGUAGAUAACAUGUGUUAGUAUUUUUUGUCUGUAUGUCCUAGCACUGUUCAGCAGCAAACUUUUCUAGUUCUUGUUAAUUUUUUCUUUGUUAUACAAUGGAAGCACAAUGUUAUAUGGAAAGGUAGUUUUAAGCUAACAACCAGUGCACAGCCUCAGGUUUUAAAUUACAACCACAUUUGAUUACUAUCCUUAAAAAGUACUAUUGAGUUGCUAAAAUUCUCAAUUUUAUUUUGGCAGUUCCAGAGCUGCUUCUCUAUGUUGGUUUGCCAAAAAAA